AUGGCGGUGACCGAGCAGCAUUGCACGAUUCUCUUCAAUAGCGACGGCUUGCAGUCCAUGCAACAGGAUGACAUCAUCAAGAACCUGGAGCAGCCGAAUAUCUCGGGGAAGGUGACUGGCAUCAAGCAGGCCAUCCUGCUGUUGCUGUCGGGCGAGACAAUGCCCAGGCUGCUGAUGUCGGUCAUCAAGGGGUGUUUGAAGGACGACAGCAAGGAGCUGAAGAAGCUGGUUAUGAUGUACUGGGAAGUUGUGAAGAAGUACGACGCAGAGGGGAAGCUCCUACCGGAGAUGAUCCUGGUUUGUAAUGCCCUGCGUAACGACUUGAACCACCCCAACGAGUACGUGCGCGGGUGCACGCUGCGGUUCCUGUGCAAGCUCCGCGAGCCGGAGCUCCUGGAGCCUCUUAUCCCGACCGUAAAGCUUUGCUUGGAGCACCGCCACAGCUACGUUCGCCGCAACGCCGCGCUUCUGUGCUACUACGUCCACAAGAACUUUGGGCAGCAGCUUCUGCCCGACGGACCGGAGCUUAUCGAGCGUUUCAUCGCCGCCGAGGGGGACACCUCCGCCAGGCGCAGCGCCUUCCUGUUCUUGUACAACGAGUCCGAGGAGCUGGCCAUCGACUUCUUGAACAACCACAUGGAGGACGUUCCGAAGUUCGGCGACGGCUUCGCCUUGCUGGUGCUGGAGCUUUGCCGGAAGGUGUGCCGGCGAGACCCCAGCCAGAAGUCUCGGUUCGUGAGGGUGCUGCUGUCCAUGCUCCAGAGCCGCUCCGCCGCCGUAUCCUACGAGGCUGCCUGGACCCUCGUCAGCCUUAGCGGAGCCCCCACUGCCAUCCGGGCGGCGGCAACGACGUACGCUCAGCUGCUCAACACCCAGAGCGAUAACAACGUUAAGCUCAUCGUGCUGGAGCGCCUGGCGGGCCUCAAGAAGCACCACACCAAGGUGCUCCAGGAGGUGCUCAUGGACAUUCUGCGGGCGCUCUCAAGCCCCAACGUGGACAUCUGCCGCAAGACCCUGGAGGUGGCCAUGGACCUCGUCACCCCGAGAAACAUUGAGGAAGUGGUGCAGGUGCUGAAGCGAGAGGUGGUCCGGACCCAGGAGGCCGGCAUGGAGAAGGGCACCCAGUACCGCACCCUGCUUAUCCAGGCCAUUCACGGAUGCGCCACCAAGUUCGCCGACGUCGCCGAGAGCGUGGUUGGCGUGCUGAUGGACUUUUUGAACGGCGACGGAGCGAUGGACGUGAUCCUCUUCGUGCGCAGCAUCGUCGAGCAGUACGAGGGCCUCCGACCGUCGAUCCUGUCCAAGCUCAUCUUCUCCUUGAGGGACAUGGUCAACGGUCCCGUCAUCGCCGUCGCCAUCUGGAUAUUGGGGGAAUAUUGCGAGGACGCGGACGCGAUCACGAGCGCCUUCACCGAGCUUCGAGAGUCGGUGGGACCCAUGCCUCUCACGGAGGCUAACUCGUCUGCGGCGAAUGGAGGGGCCGACGGGGGCCCCGCGAAGGAAGGGGGGGCUGCAGAGGAGGGAGGGGGCGCCGCGGCGGGAGCGGGGGGGGGCGGGACUACGGUGACGAAGAACAUCGUUCUUUCCGACGGGACUUACGCCACGCAGACCACGGUUCAAGGCGGUGGUGUGGCGGCGGUAGCCUCCGCCUUGAAGAGCGACGCCCGCCUCCGGCAGCUGCUGGUGGGCGGCGAGAUCUUCCUCGGGUCGGCGCUGUCGGCAUCUCUUACCAAGAUGACCCUCCGGGCCAUGGACCUGCUGGGGGACAGCUCUCCGGCUGCGAAGGAGAUGCAGAUUGCAACCCUCCAGAUCUUGUGCGGGUUGGCGAAGGUCAUCGAGGCGCGCAGCCUCACGCACCGGGGAGCUUACGCCGACUGUUUGGAAAGGGUGACGAUGUGCUGUAGGAGCCUGCUCGACCCCGCGGCAAGGGCGGUCCUGAAGCCUACCCUGCUGGACCUGUGCCGCCAGAGCUUCCAGCAGCUCCUGGACAAGGAGAAGGCUGCUCAGGCCAAGCAGGCGGAAGAGAUGGAGGGACGCCCCAGGAGCCAGCCCGACGACCUCAUCAACUUCCGACAGCUUCGCAGCAACGCCCUGCAGGCAGCAGAGUUGGAUAUCUACGACGGGGACGACAUCAGCAAGGCUACGGGGAUGGACGCGCCUGACACGGGGCGGCUGAGCCACAUCUACCAGCUGUCGGGCUUCGCCGACCCUGUGUACGCGGAGGCUUGCGUGACCGUCCACGACUACGACAUCGUCCUCGAGAUGCUGGUGAUCAACCGCACACCCAACACCCUCACCAACCUUACGGUCGAGUUGUCGACCAUGGGAGAUCUCCGCCUGGUGGAGCGGCCACAGUCGCACACCAUCGGCCCCCUUGACUCGCGCAAUAUCCGUGCCAACAUUAAGGUGAGCAGCACCGAGACCGGCCACAUCUUCGGGACUAUCGUGUACGAGAACAGCUCCACCGCCGAAAAGACGUACAUCAACCUCAACGACAUACACAUGGACAUCAUGGACUACAUCAAGCCCGCCUCGUGCAGCGAGGAGGCUUUCCGCUCCAUGUGGGCCGAGUUCGAGUGGGAGAACAAGGUGGCUGUCAACACGUCGUUCACGGACCUGAACGCCUUCCUGAAGCACCUCGUGGCCAAGACCAACACGAACUGCCUCACGCCGCUGUCGUCUUUGGACGGGUCCAGCUCCUUCCUCGCGGCGAACUUGUACGCCAUGAGCGUGUUCGGCGAGGACGCCCUGGUGAACGUGAGCGUCGAGAAGAAGAGCGAUGCCGACGGAAAGCUGAGCGGGCACGUCCGCAUCCGCAGCAAGACCCAGGGCAUCGCCCUCUCCCUGGGGGACCGCAUCACCCUCGUGCAGCGUGGACCCGGGACCACAAAAGCGCAGCCAUAACUCUUGGUCCAUGGUGUGUUUGUUGUUUUAGGCAUUGCUACGACAAAUCAUCUGCAGCGCGGGUGCCUGGCGUUGGGUUGCGCUUUUCAAUUUUUUGUAGUUUGUUGUAGGGAAAGAGCUAUCGGCCGUGCCGACGGGACUGUUGUGUUUUUUUUUUUUUUGCGCUGUGUUCACGGUUUAGCUCAAAGAAACGGGUUCGGACUUUCCGUACUGGGAGAGAAGCGAGAGCGCGUUCCCUUUUUUGCUUGCUCUACAUCGUUCGGCCGUUGCUGCCCCCCAGGAGGUGCCGGGUCGAUUUCGAGCCUGAAGCGCGGCUUUUUUGCGACAUCGCCCGUGUGUUGUGCCUGAAGUCGCCGGCACCAAUCACCGAUAGGCUCACACUGCCCUUGUUAACGUAGCGUGGAUGCGCUUGGUAGGGGCCGCUGCUGGCUUCGUGUUUGUGGUCGAUAGAGUUGAAGGGAGUGGCGUGGCGUGUUGCUGACGCACGGCCCGACCCGUGGACAAGGAUAGCAAGGGCGCGGGCGGUGUAGACGGGAUGUUCCGCGUGUGACAAUUAUUGAAAAAAUCCGUCCGAAGGAGGCUUUGUUGUACCCUUUUUUUAUCCGAUAAUGUUCUAUAUUUUUCCUAUG